CUCUGCGAAGCGGCGGCCGAGUUGUUAUAAAAGUGGCAAGGACAUACGCUCGAGCCAUUAGUCGAAAACUAUAAACGCUCGACGCGAAAUCGUCUCCGGGUCUCUCCGCCUACUUCUUCGACUCGAGCACGCAACUAUUUUUUUUUUAAGUACAUCUGCCGCUCGAUACGUUUAAAUGUUAACAAACCAAAAACAAUUUAAGGCAGUUUUUAAAUAAAGGAAAAAUAAUUAAAUCAAAGGAAUUCAAGUCGAAAUAUUCAACAAUUUUUUUUCCGUUUCCUGCGCCACAGACACUAACAAAAAGAGCAUUUUUUUUUUCGUCGCAAGUAAAAGCAAAAGUGACAACAAAUGGCUCAGCAGUGCAGCAAAUAAAUUAAUAAAAAACAAAAACUCAAACAGCAGCAAAACACACACAGACACAAACACACACAGAGACAACUGCAAGCAUCCUGUGUGCGGCCCGCCUUCAGUCGAACCUCAAAGUUCUGUUGACAAAUCGGAAAAAAUACCCCCAAAAAGCGGCAACAUGCUGGCCGACUCGUAUCUGAUAAAGUUUGUGCUGCGCCAGCUGCAGAUGGAGCAGCAGGACGCACAGCAUCUGCUGCUGGUCUUCCUCAGCUUCCUGACGCUGAUCAGCCUGCUGCAGUGGCUGCUGCGACACUAUCGCGAGCUGCGCAAGCUGCCGCCCGGCCCCUGGGGCCUGCCGGUCAUCGGCUAUCUGCUCUUCAUGGGCAACGAGAAGCACACACGCUUCAUGGAACUGGCCACCAGAUACGGUUCGCUCUUCUCCACCCGCCUCGGCAGCCAGCUGACCGUCGUCAUGAGCGACUACAAGAUGAUACGCGAAUGCUUUCGCCGCGAGGAGUUCACAGGACGACCGGAUACGCCGUUCAUGCAAACGCUCAAUGGAUAUGGCAUCAUCAAUAGCACCGGCAAACUGUGGAAGGAUCAGCGUCGCUUUCUGCACGACAAGCUGCGCCAGUUCGGGAUGACCUACAUGGGCAAUGGCAAGCAGCAGAUGCAGAAGCGUAUUAUGACGGAGGUGCACGAGUUCAUCGGGCAUUUGCAUGCGAGCGAUGGGCAGCCAAUUGACUUGUCGCCGGUCAUCUCGGUGGCGGUCAGCAAUGUGAUCUGCAGUUUGAUGAUGUCGACGCGCUUCAGCAUCGAUGACCCAAAGUUUAGGCGCUUCAAUUUCCUGAUCGAGGAGGGCAUGAGGCUGUUUGGCGAGAUCCAUACCGUUGACUAUAUACCGACGCUGCAGUGCUUCCCGAGCAUCUCGACGGCCAAAAACAAGAUAGCCGAGAAUCGUGCCGAGAUGCAGAAGUUCUAUCAGGAUGUGAUUGAUGAGCACAAGCGCAGCUUUGAUCCCAGCAAUGUGCGCGAUCUGGUCGAUUAUUAUCUGUGCGAAAUCGAGAAGGCCAAGGCCGAUGGCACCGAUGCGGAGCUCUUCGAUGGCAAGAAUCAUGAGGAGCAGCUCGUACAGGUGAUCAUCGAUCUGUUCUCGGCGGGCAUGGAGACCAUUAAGACAACCCUGCUGUGGAUAAAUGUGUUCAUGCUGCGCAAUCCCAAGGAGAUGCGACGCGUUCAGGAUGAGCUCGAUCAGGUUGUUGGUCGCCAUCGAUUGCCCACAAUUGAGGAUCUGCAAUAUUUGCCCGUCACCGAGUCAACGAUACUCGAAUCUAUGCGCCGCUCCAGCAUUGUUCCAUUGGCCACCACGCAUUCUCCCACAAGAGAUGUGGAACUGAAUGGCUAUACCAUACCGGCCGGCUCGCACGUCAUACCGCUCAUCAACAGCGUCCACAUGGAUCCCAAUCUAUGGGACAAGCCCGAGGAGUUCCGUCCGUCGCGCUUCAUCGAUACGGAGGGCAAGGUGCGCAAGCCGGAAUACUUUAUUCCGUUCGGCGUCGGGCGGCGCAUGUGCCUGGGCGAUGUGCUGGCUCGCAUGGAGCUGUUCCUGUUCUUCGCCUCGUUCAUGCACUGCUUUGACAUCGCGCUGCCCGAGGGCCAGCCGCUGCCCAGCCUCAAGGGCAAUGUGGGCGCCACCAUUACGCCCGAGUCGUUCAAGGUCUGCCUGAAGCGCCGUCCACUGGCACCCACCGCCAACGAGCCGCAUCAGGUGCGCAACGUCGGCUCCAACUGAGCGCCGCUCCGGGCACACACCCACAGAGCACGGUUUUGUUCCUAGACACGUUCUUUUUUUUUUAUUAUUAUUAUUAUUAUUAUUAUUAUAUUUUAAUAGCUUUUAAGUUGACAAAAAUUAUGAAUUAGACAAAUCGCGCAUUAAGUUUGAGUUUAAGCUAGGUUUUAGGUUCAAAGUUUUCAAAGGCUAACAACAACAAGAAGAGCCUGUCAGCAACAGACAGAUGUAGUAUAUAUAAAUUAAUUCAACACACAUACAUGUGUGUAUUUAGUUAUGUUAUGAAGCAAACAAAUUCUAUUCUUUCAACCCCAAGAAGCUGUGUUCAGUUAAUUAAUAUUUUAAUUUGUAAUCGAUUAAUUAGCAAUUUAAUUAGACAACUUGUAAUAUUGUGUUUA